AUGAACUUCUUUAGCAACCCUGUCGCCCCUGCUCAUGUAGAGACUGAUCAGGUUAUCCCCUUGCAUGUCUGGGAUGAGAGUCCUUUGUACCGAAGGAUCGCGUUGUAUAAUCUCAAAGUGUUUGACGACGUCCUUGAUCCAGAGAAAUUGCGUUCUAGUCUUGAAACUUUAGUUUCGCAAAGGACAUGGCGUAAACUGGGAGGACGAUUGAGGAAAAAGGACGAUGGCUAUCUCGAAUACCAUAUCCCAGUGCAGUUCACUAAAGAACGACCAGCAAUAGGUUACACCCACGCCAACCUCAUGGAUGUCACGAAAGACGAACACCCUAUUGCUUCGAGACUUCCAAAACCAUCGUCUCGUCCAGCAAUCGUCGGUGAUCCAGACGAAACAGUAGAUCUCGCCUGCGGUCCUGGAUGCCCCACCUCUAUCGAUGACUAUCUUUACACAGACCAGCCACUUCUCGGUCUUCACGUUGUGUCUUUCAAAGAUGCAACACUUGUCACACUACACUGGCUUCACAUCGCAUGUGAUGCUCUCGGAAUGAAAGGCUUGAUCGAUGGCUGGGUUCGUGCCAUGAAAGGUUUGGAAAUACCUGAACAACAAGGUUUUGACUAUGAUCCAUUGGCAGAAUUGGGUAAACAUCCCAAAGAAGCGCAUAAACUUGCGGACCAACGAAUGACAACUGCCUCGCUGCUUACUUAUGCUGCGUGGAACGGAUACAGCCUCGCGCGCGCAAAGAAGGAGACAAGAAUGGUCUGUAUACCAGGAUGGUUUAUGAAUAAGCUUCGUUCUACUGCCCUCAAAGAGCUUGCCGCUGCUGGUGUCAAAGACCCAUUUGUUACAGAGAAUGAUGUUCUCGUUGCCUGGUGGUCAAAAAUCGCUAUUUCCCAUCUUCCACCUGACUCCGAUCGACCUGUGACGAUUCAGGUCGGAAUGUCUCUCCGAAAGUCUCUCGAAAAGGAUCUUCUUCUACCAGACAAGCCAUUUAUCUCGAACUGCUUCGGUUUUACGAAUUUGUUACUUUCCUCAAAGGACCUCAAUAGGCAGUCCACCGGAGAAACAGCGCUUCAAAUGCGCAUUGCAGUAAACGAGCAAAGAACAAGGGAGCAAGUGGAGGCGUAUCAGGCCAUGGUUCUGGACUCAGUGGCGCCGUUACCUGUGUUCUUCGGAAAUGGGAACACAUAUCAGAUUUCGUAUUCGAACUGGACCCAAGCUGAGUUGUUUUCGGCGGAUUUCUCGGCGGCGACUGUGAAGCCGCGAGAUACACCGCUGUAUGCCUCAUACAUAGGUCAUUGCCAGGUUCCGUUCAAAUUCCCUGAGGGUUUCAUUAUUGUUGGCAAGGAUAUGAGUGAGAAUACCUGGUUUUGCUCGUAUCGCGUUGCUGGUUUGUGGGAUGUCGUUGAGAGAGAGUUGAAGGCAUUCCAGGAUAUUGACUCGGCUCAUUUCGCACCGCUGACAUGUUUCAAUCUCUUCAAGACCAAUUCCAAUUCCAUGGAAUCCGACCUCGAAGCAGCCCGCCUGUCAUACUCGCAGCAAGAUGACGUGUUCUGUGAUGGUUUCCUGAAGAACGUCCUGAUUUUGACUCAUGACACGUCAAUCAGUGACUCCGUCCAGGGUUUACUAAACUCUUGGGGUUGUUCAAACGCAUUCCUCUUGUCUUCUUCUGAUCAAGUAUCUCCCGGGCCUUACUUCUUUUCCAGCAGUGGUAUUUACUCAGCAUGGAGACUGUAUCCAGACGACUACGAUGCUUUUGUCCUUAGUACCACGCCUUCCCAGACAGAUGUUGAAACCUACGAGAACUUGAAUGCCUCGGCUUUUGGUUCAUCGUCGAUUUGCAUCGCCGUUCCAUCUCGCAUGAAAGUUCUGCCCUCCAGCGAGAAGCCGCUCGCUGGCUUGCGGGUAGGAAUAAAAGAUCUAUUUCACUUGAAGGGUGUCCACACUGGCUGUGGGAACAGGGCUUAUCGCAGACUUCAUGCAGCUUCAACAUUCUCGACUACGGGAGUCAAGAAAGUCGUCGACCUCGGCGGCAUAAUCGUUGGCAAGACAAAGACUGUUGAGUUUGGCGGUAGUCAAGAGGUAAUCGGAGAUUGGUGUGAUUAUUUCUAUGCCUUCAAUGCUCGUGGUGAUGGCUAUCUAGCGUCGACCGGAAGCAGCACUGGCUCUGCCGCCGGUCUAGCGGCCUAUCCAUGGUUGGAUGUCACGCUAGGCACUGAUUCUGGUGGGAGCAUUCGCGAUCCGGCCGUGGCUCACGGUAUCUAUGGCUUCCGGCCCUCCCAUGAUGGCAAAGACACGCCAGACAUGUUGCUCCCAUGCGGAAAAUUCCAUACACCUGGUUUUCUUGCCAGAAGUAGUCGAAUAAUGUUGAAAUUCGGUCGACAUUGGCUUGGGGCCCAUCCAGACAUCAAACGCUUGAACCCAACACGAAUCUUGUUCCCCAAAGAAUAUCACGCGGAAAACGAAAACGUCCAAGCCGUUGCAGACAAAUGGGUGACAGGACUGGCUUCCUGGCUUGGAGCUGAGAGGUGCGAUGUUUCUCUCGAAGACAUCUGGGAUACGACCAAGCCAGCUUCCCUAUCCAAAAGCUUCGUUGAGACAUUCAAAAGUACAUUUAUUAACCUGACAUACCAUGGAUUCUGGACGGACUUGGCAGACUUCCGCGACGGAUACAAGAACAAAUUCAACGAGAAUCCUUAUAUAUGCAAGGUUCUUCAGAUGCUUUGGUAUGUUUACACCGCGACCUCCAUGGACCGGGGUAAAUCACUGUCUCCGGAUGAAGUGCAACAAGCGCUGGACGAGAUCAUCUUACACAACAAUUGGUUCUUCGAGAACUUACUCAACGAUCAGAAGACCAUCAUCGUUGCUCCGCGAUACAAGUUGGACUACAGAGACGAGUAUUAUCCCAGCCCCGAAAAGCGCAAUUAUGUCGGCUGGGAUUCGAAUUUGCAUGCAUCUCUCUCAGGUGCCCCCAACAUCAUUGUCCCAGUUGGCCAGUGUUCCUACGAAUCUCACAUCACAGGAAAUGCGGAAAUAUUUCCUGUGUCCAUGUCUGUUAUUGGGCCAAAGGGGCUUGAUGUUGCAUUGAUCAGCCUCAUUCACAGUUACAAUACUGAAAAUGAGCUCCCAGAAUCUGUUUUGACUGGCCGCCAGGCCUUUGCGACUUCUUGA